CAGCGUUACAAGAUCCGCUCCGACAACCUGGAGCUCAUAACACUUCUAGUGUGUUGUGCGGCAGAUGGGACCACGGCGAAGACGACAUUUGUGCUCUCAGACGGACCGUACCCAAAUAUCUGCGUGUCUGAAUCAUUCAUCAGUGUCGCUGUGACCCCUUCGGGGUGGACAGAUCAGGAUGUCGCUGCGGAUUGGAUAGCCAAUGUCUUCAUUCCGGCUGUGCGGAUUCAUUCUGACAUCACGAAGCCGAUCUUGCUAUUC